AUGUCGUAUGUGACCACUACAAAGAUUGAAGGUGAAUUUGAUCUUGAAAUUGAGGAGGACGAUGUCACGUCUGAAGUCCAAUUCUGGGAAAAUACCCUAAUUCUUUAUGGAAUGGGGGAAGACCUCAGUAUGACUGCGGUGAAGAACUUCAUGGUGAAGUCCUGGAGUUUUGAGACGCUGCCUGAUAUGUAUUACCACGAGGAUGGCUAUUUCCUUCUGCGAUUCAAGAGCCAUGAAGAUAUGGAUGGUGUUAUGAUGAAGGGGCCGUAUACGCUCCGUAACAUUCCCAUUAUCCUGAAGGAGUGGCGGCCGAAUUACAAUGUAAAAGAUUAUAUGCUUCGUACUCUCCCUAUUUGGGUUAAGCUCCCCAAACUUCCACUUCAUCUAUGGGGGGCUAGAAGCUUGAAUAAAAUUGGAAGCACGAUAGGGGUCCCUCUGGUCACUGAUGAGUGUACGGCUCAUAAGCUACGAGUCUCAUAUGCAAGGAUUUUGGUGGAGGUCGACAUCACUCGGAAGCUAGCUGAUGAAAUCACCAUUAAAGAUCCUGAAGGAAGGUUGCUGAAACAGGGAAUUGAGUAUGAGUGGCGUCCGAAAUUCUGUGAUAAGUGCCAAAGGGUGGGACAUCAAUGUGGAAUGGAGCCAAAGAAGAAAGUUUGGAGACCUAAACCCCCGAAUCUAGAGCCAGAUCCAGUACCUGUUAUAUGCACCCCUAAAGAAGACAAGGAUAAGGAGACAGUAGUGGAGCAAGCUUGGACUAUGGUCAAUAAGGCUACAGGUGAUAGAGGCCAGAAGAGAAUCAUGUAUGUUGAGGCUUCUACCUCUGUACCUGUCCCUUGCAAGCUUAGGGAGAUUAGUUCCCGUCUCCGUGAGCUUAGGCCUGACAUAUGCAUUUUGCUUGAAACUCGAGUGAAAAGUGAUAAAGCUUGCAGCAUUAGAAAUAAAAUCAACCUUGGUGGCAGGUUUGUAGAUAAUUACUCGCAUCACAGUAACGAGAGAAUUUGGAUACAUUGGAAUGAAGGCAUGGUUGACAUAAGAGUUAUGAAUAGCAGCAGCCAGCACAUUCAUUGUGGGGUUUACGAUACGCAUGGAAAUUUUCGGUAUUGGCUUACGGCAAUAUACGCUCUGAAUCAUUUGGAAGGGCGCAUGAGAUUAUGGGAUGGUAUUGCUAACAUUCACAGAACUCAACAGGGUCCGUGGUGUGUGGUUGGAGAUUAUAACAACGUCCUCACCACUCAGGAUCGUAUGGGAGGUAACUUGGUUACAGAGGCUGAAUACGAGGACCUGCAUAACAUGAUGAAUAGUACUGGUCUAGGGGAUAUGGAUAGUUGCGGUGAUUUCUUCACAUGGUUCAACAAUCAAAUAAGAAAUCCUAUUUACUCUAGGAUUGAUAGACUGCUUGCUAAUGUGGAGUGGUUCCAUCUGUAUAGUGAGGCAACUCUAAACAUUCUUCCUUCAAGCGUCUCGGAUCAUGCACUUCUUCAUGUUUCUUUGGCUAAAACUCGAUCACUUCCUAAAUUGUUUCGAUUCAGUAAUCAUCUGGUGGCAAUUGAGGGAUUUGAAAGGGUUGUGAGGGAAAGGUGGCUGAAACCUGCUAGAGGGAGGCCUAUGCAGGUACUUUGGCACAAACUACAACGUCUCAAGGCUGCACUGGGAGUCUUACGAAAACCGUUCAAUGAUAUUAGACUCAAUCUUGAAAAAUGCAGAACUGCGCUCCAGAAUGCUCAGGCUAGCCUCCAGCACGAUAGAACUAAUUGUAUUAUCAUUGAGAGGGUAAAAAAUCUUACUGUGGAAGUGGUUAAAUGGAACACUAGGGAGGAACAAAUUCUGCAGCAACGCUAA